UCGACUGGUGCAGGUGCAAAAUGCAGUCUGUACUGACUGUACGUGCCGGAGGGGGCGUAUGUCAGUUGAGAGGCGUCCUCAGUCUGCGGUGAAGGGUCGAAUCAGUAUAGAGAACGCAAACAGGGCAAUCGGACACGACUAGAUUAGGGGAGAAAAUUGGGGUGGAAAAAGUGGGAAAAAUUAUAAAAAAAUAAAAAUAAAAAAAAUACUAGAACUGAUGAAUCUUGUGUAACCAGUAACUCACCUGUCCUGUCAUGAAUGUAACCAAAGAGUAAAACAUGACGUUAAAAGCCUAAUAAAUAAAGAAAGAAAAGAUUAAAUCAUACAAUUUGACAUUUUGGGGCACACAUAAGCUCUGACUCUUGUACUACUGAUCAGAAGAAACUGCUGACUUACUCAUACUGACUUUUAUUUUGACAGUGCUAGUUCGGCAGGUUCACACAGACAGUCCUCAUAUCUACCUGUUUACAGUGCGGUUCAGAAUAUCCUGAGGAUGGCCGAACCACCCCAGUCAUGUGACUGUUUUGUUUCUCUACCGCCUGGUUCUAAGUACGAUCAUGUGAUAUUUGGGAAGAAUUCGGACCGGCCAAGGGAUGAGGUGCAGGAAGUGGUUUACUACCCUGCUGCAUCACAUGCUCCUGGGGUCACUGUGGAGUGCACAUACAUCUCAAUACCGCAAGUGGAACACACACAUGCAGUGGUGCUGAGCAGGCCCGCCUGGCUUUGGGGGGCUGAAAUGGGGGCCAAUGAACAUGGCGUGUGUGUUGGGAAUGAAGGAGUGUGGACCCAAGAACCCGUGAGUCCAGAAGAAGCACUGCUAGGCAUGGACCUGGUCCGGUUGGCUCUGGAGAGAGGGAACAGUGCAUGGGCUGCUCUGUCUGUAAUCACCGAGCUGUUGGAGCAUCAUGGGCAGGGAGGAGCGUGCAGAGAAGAUCCUGAACACUUCAGCUACCACAACACCUUCCUGCUAGCCGAUCGCCAGGAGGCAUGGGUACUUGAGACUGCCGGGAAACUGUGGGCUGCUCAAAAAAUCACAGAGGGAGUAAAGAACAUCUCUAACCAGCUGACGAUAGGCACCGAGAUCACUGCUGAGCACCCGGAGCUGCGCAGCAUGGCUCAGUCUCAGGGCUGGUGGAGUGGAGAGGGCGAGUUUAACUUCAGUGCUGCUUUUAGCCCCGACAACCCCCCUGCUAGAAUGGAACUGGCCAAACAGCGCUAUAAAGGAGGCACAGAACUGCUUCAGAAGCAUGAUGGCUCUGUAACAGGGGAGGUGAUGAUGAGCAUCUUAAGAGACAAACCCAGCGGGAUCUGCAUGGAUUCAGAAGGUUUUCAUACCACAGGCAGCAUGGUUUCAAUCCUGCCACGAGAUACCAGCAUGCCCUGUGUUCACUUCUUCACUGCCACACCUGACCCCUCCAGGUCUGUUUUUAAGCCAUUUAUAUUCUCGGAGAGCAUGCGUCCGGUCACUAUGGUGAUGUCUCCACAGUAUGGCUCAGAAGAUCCUGUGAAGGCUCAGCCUCGAUUCCAGCACCACGUUGACAGGAAGCAUGAGCUUUACAAAGCCCACCAGUCAGCACUGGCCACCAUGGAUGAAAAACCAGAUGGUGGAGCUUCUCUGCAGGAAACUAUGCACUUCUUGGAGUCACAGUGUCUACAGGAGAUUGAAGCCAUGCUUAGAGGGGAGGUAGAGGGCCAGGAGCUCGGCGACCUCUUUUUUGACUGCGUAGACACAGAAAUAAAGUUCUACCAGUGAGACAAAGCAGUUACCUUGUGAAUAUAACUAGUGUUUGCUGAUCUGCCCUGGAGAGGGAUGGGCUCGUUUGCUUCGAUCCACCUCUUAUAGUUUCCCCGACGCCAUGUAACACAUCGUGAUGCACAUUAUAAUGCCACACUAAUUGUAACUGUAUGAAACAGGUACUAGAUAUUCAUGUUGAGCAUUGUAUUAUAGUAGUCAUCUGGGCAUAUUAAUGCUACAUUAAUGAGUAAUGGAUAGAUGACUUAAGGUGUGUGUAGAACUUUGUGAAAAGGGAAUAGGAUAGAAUUGCUUAGAUCAUUCCUGUGUUAGUGUAUGACUGUUAAGCUGCCUGGCAGCUCCUCACAGAUGAAUGUCAAUAAAGAUUAAUACUUUUAA